AUGGAGGCCGACGCGUACGAUUACGGCGGUGGCAUUGGUAAUGUCAGUGAGGAAGAAGCCACAGCUAAGCAUCGCAGGCCAAAGUCAGUCAUUGAAAUGUCCACGCUGGCACCCCUGUUGCUUGAAGCUGAAACUAUUAUUACCGAAAAGUCUUCAGGAGUCCAUGUUCAUUCAUCAUCACAAGACGAGGAAAGUAUACUCCCCGCCCCCAGAAAUCUUGGCAGUUCUCGUGGAAGCAAAAAGGUCCGAAGAAAGUUUUGGGCAGCAGAUCCCUACAGAAGUCUCUGA